AUGUUUCCUUUCAUCUUUCUGCAGCUGGCUUUGACUAUCAGCUACACUGCUUCGAGUCCCAUCCAGAGAAGAGCCCUUUCCCAAAACGACAUCAUCGGGCUGCAAGUCGCCAGCUUCCUCGAAAACAUGGAGCUGAGUUUGUACACGAAUGGCUGUCAGCACAUCAGUGAUGCACAAUGGCUUGCUGCUGGCUUUCCAUCCACCUUCCAGCAUGACAUAUGCACUAUUGCCGAUCAACAACAAAACCAGACAGACUACAUCUCGUCGACACUCGAAUCCAACGGCAUCUCUGCUCCUCAAGCAUGCAACUAUGCACUCUCGUACGACACCCCGAUAGCAUUCGUUCGACUUGCCAAUCAGAUCACAUCCAUCAGUCUGGGAUACUACUUGGGGAGCUUGAACGACUUCUCCCCAGAGCUUCAGACUGUGGUUGCUUCGCUGGGCUCAGUUGAAGCUCGCCAUGAUGCUAUCGUCAGGAACGGAAUGGGAGCGUCUCCCUUCCCCACCAACCUCGACGUGCCUCUGAGCUCGGUCUGGGCAUACAAUCUAGCGCAGAAGUACAUCACUUCUUGCCCUCAGCAGUUGCCCAUUGUUCUCCUGCCUCCACUCACCUUCAAUGGACUGUCAGGUAGCGGUCUCAAUUUCGGC